CUCCUGAUAGCCUGGACCUUGUCCCCUUAAUCACGAGCGGCGCAGAGAGUGGUUGCAGUUCCCCUCGCCGAGCCGACGCGCGCAGGACCCACCCACCUCCGGCCUCUACACCGCAACCCAAGGCCGCGCAACUGAUAGCACUGUUCAGAGUGUAUUACUAAAAACGGUGCGAGCGUUGUUAGCAGAAAGAAGUGGCGGCAUGUUGCCGUGAGCCGGCCGACUUUCUCUACGAAGACCGCCCCUCCCGUUCACGUCGCAUAAGCAGAGGCUCACUUGCCUUCGAUUUCGGCGCAGUGGAGAUAGGUUGAAACUGUCCUCCGUCUUCGGUCACGUCGAUCCGUCAUAAGACGUCCCAAAUGCCUCCGAACGCCCACCAACGCCCGAGCGGUCCUUUCACCCACAACUCGCACGCAUACGGCGGUCAGUAUGACGGAGCGAGUAGCAGUGUAGACGGACAACGCGAGGCUGUGAUAGGGAGCAACUCCAGACAUCAUUCACAGGGUGUUGUUGCCUCCCAUUUCCUGGCUCAAGACCGCGAAACGUGGAUGGACUUUCUGAGAGACGGUACCGAGACCACUGUCAACCAGCAACCACAGUCUGCAAACUCCUCCCCCGCUGCCGCCUCCGAAGCCCGCUCAAACCCCUCCUCCUCACGUUACACACUUCCAAACCGCCCCUCACCACGCACCGAGUCGUCGUCCUCUCGCAGCUCCGAUCGCAAGCGACGCCUCACGACCGCGGACUCGCCUUUGAGACGACCAUCGAGCAUACGCAUGCACUCGGAAAACACUGGGGACUCGAAUACGGACCCGAUCGUGUUGGACUCGUCGCCUGCUUCGAAUAGACCACUUCCACCCACUCCAACCAUGGGGGUUGCAUCACAUACGCAUACGGGGCCUAUGAGGAGGCAGAGUGAUAUUGUGCUGCCGCCAUGGCAGCCGGAUAGCGAGGUCUCGCAGUGUCCCGUGUGCAGGAGGCCCUUUUCAUUUUUACUCCGGAGGCAUCACUGCAGGAAAUGCGGAAGAGUCGUAUGCGCUUCCUGUUCGCCACAUCGUAUCACCAUCCCCCGCCAGUUCAUCGUGCAUCCGCCAUCUGAAAGCACGGCAAACUUCAUCGACCUGACUGGCGAGGAUGAGAACGCUAUGUCGCCAUUCGGCCCGUUCCGUAAUCCAGCGCUAGGCGGCGGCGAAGAAGUCCGCGUUUGCAACCCAUGUGUCCCUGACCCAAACUUCAGUCCACCACCCCGAUACGACUCACUUGGUCAUGGGUCGCGCCCCUUUCCACCUCGAUCGACACAGGUGCCAUCUGCGCCGCCGCCGCAUCCUCGUGCACACAGGAGUAGUUCGAGUGUACAUGAUGCGAGUCGCUUUACGGGUCAAGGACAGACCCAUGGUGCACGUGAUACCUCCAAUGAGAGUAGUCAGAACAGAAGAGUGAGUUAUCAUGGUAAUUCCAAUAUUGGAGAAAGACGUCUUCCACCCCUUCCUCCAUCUGCGAUUCAGCAGCAACACCAGCAUCCUCACCACCGCGCCCCUUUGAUCUCCCAAACCAUAGCCAAUAACCGCGCUCGACAAGCGCAAAACCACGUAAACUUUGGCUACGGAUCUUUCUCCGGCACCAGUCCGUUUGGCCAAGCGACGUCCACGCCUGUGCCUCCUCCCCUGCAGCCACAGCACGCACAGCCACCCAGGCCCAGAAGACAGAUUCCCGAAGAAGACGAAUGUCCCAUCUGCGGCGAAGAAUUACCACCAAAGGGUCCAGAUGGCGACGAUGCAGAGAGAACGCAACACAUUGAGGAAUGCAUUGCUUUGCACUCUGCUUCUCCUGGUCCUACGGCGGCGUUGAAUCGAACGCAGACACAGAAUAGCCAGAGUUUGCCUACUCAGCGGACCCGUGGUAUGAGUAGUGCAGGAGCGAAUCUCAAUAAUAAUCAUCAUCAUAACAAUGGCGGCGAAGGGGCUAGUAACUUGCAGAAUCGGAUGAGUCAUGCUGCUAGGGGCAUGUUUCCUUAUGUGGCGACGGAGAAGGAUUGUGUGGAUGAGGAGGGGAGGGUGGCGGAGUGUACGAUUUGUCUCGAGGACUUUGAGGCGGGGGAUAAGAUGGCUAGGUUGGUUUGUUGGUGCAAGUUCCAUGAGACUUGUAUCAAGGAGUGGUGGGAUAAGAAGGGACGGGGUGCUUGUCCUACGCAUCAGUUGCAGGAGUAAGGGGUUGUGCUGUUGGGUAUUGCACCGUUGAUUGCAAUGGCGCAUCGUGGCUUCUUAUAGAUGGGGUCUGGUUCUGGCGUUAUUUGUGGUAUACCCCUCCAUCAUUCUUUAGCAUCUGGUAUCUCGCAGUGUUUAUAGAUCGCCUCUCCUUUGGAACGUGGUGGCGUAGCAUAGUUGCGGAUAACAUUAUUACUACACUCAUUAU